UCAGACCUCUGCAUCCAUCGAGGUGAGGUGUUGGGUCUAGACUGUAGAGAGUGAAAGUGGAGAGAUUCUUUACCUCUCAGCUCUGGAAGCAGCCGUCUGGAAAGUCCUGCAGUUCUGAGCUGACUCCCACCUUCUUCCUGCACCUCUUCACUCAAUACACCCUUGCGUCGCUCAAUGCUGCCAGACCAGAGCCCAGAAUUUCAUCGGCUCCAGCUUCUCAGACAAUUCUCUUCUUCACCUUCCACGGUCGUCAUUGUAGCUUCUUCCGACAACAGUCCUCCUCGUUAUAGCGUCGAGGCAGACGGAGCUGAGAGAUUUGUUUGAUCAACAGACUUGUAGUUCGCAGUUCACAUCCUUAGCUCGUUGUUGCUUCUUCCUUCAGAAAGUCUGCGGAUUCAUGGCCUCCUCCAGCACCGCUUUCUGGGCUGCCUACAACGCUGUCACGUCUUGCUGCGCUGCGAGAGGAUCUCGAGGUCCUUACCACCGACAUUGCGGAUGUGCGCUUCACUUCCUGCCACAUGAGCUUCACUCACCUCAGAACGAUUGCGUGUCGAUGCCCAGAAACGGCAUGUUCAGGACACUGGCUCUUCAGAGCACGACUGAGAAGAGAUCCAGCUCCGGUCACUGCACCGGAUCGCCGCUCGUGCAGAACUUUGAGAGCUGCUCGGAUGCUUGCCUCUGUGGAGAAGGAGUGAUGAGCAUCGGUAUGAUUCAGAAAGGCUUGCAAGCCACUUCUGCGACCAGGCACGUCAAUUGCAGUGGAGAGUAAUCGUCGUGGACCGAGUGAGUCGGUUUUUGGAUUCCUAAAAUCGAUCAAACUUCUUCUCCGAUUCUCUCAAUGGCUCAGUAUCUGAUCUCGGAAAGGCACUGCCAACGCAGUGAGCGAGCAACGCCAGCAGCGAAGCUAGUGGAUUUUUUUUCCUUGGAGCCAGAGAAGAGCUGAUCGGAGAUCCAUGCACCACAGCCGUUUGUCCCGGGCAACAUGCAAAGUGCACAGUGCAGGUGGAGAUGUACGAAAACUGAUGACACCCAACUUAUCCACGGAGCCGAAGAUCAGUUUUGAGAACUUAAAUUGAACAUGUAACGACCUCCAGCUGACUCAGAGCGAAUUUGGAGAACUCUCACUGCAACUUCCGAAGUGAGAUGGACUGCUACUCGUUGGCAGGAUCGAGCAUGCACACAGCACGGACGCUGAACGACUUACAGACAGACGAAUGGCCAUAUUCGUCUAUCUGUCUAGAGAUUUGCCUGGAUUUGCACAUUAGAAAGCAAGGCGACGAUCUGUGGAAGAUUUGCGGAAAGUGCAGCCCAUCAGGAAUAAUGGAAAGAUAGCAGAGUUCCAGCCCAUCAAAACAGGCUGACGAUCAGCAGCAAAGUCUAGAAUCUAAACCAUUAGAUUUAGCAAUACAUAGUUUGGCUCCCACUCCAAUCGUAUCAGGAGAAAUGGGUUGUUAUCCCACAAGACCUUAGAAUCUAGACAGAUAAUGAAGAUAUUAGAAAUUUUCCCAAGACCGCCAUUCCGGCUUGGUGUCCUGUUC